CACCUGACGUGCGGUAAGCCUCGUCAUCCCGAUUGUCGUCUCCUAUCAGCUUCCCCUGUCACCGGGCUAUAUGCCCUGCUCAACCUUGCUUGCUAUCUUCGCCUUGGGCUGAGGACUGGCGACGACUGCAAAUGGUUCGUGAGCUGAUUGCUGCUUAGGGGACGAGAGGCCAUGCCAGCGGUGUAUCAAACGGGGCUUGAUGGAUAGCUGCCAGGAUGGAGUCAGGAAGAAGGCCAAGUAUCUUCACGACGCUCCGCCAGAGGCACUACGACCAGUCCUGGGCCCAAACUACAACCCCAAUACCUCACCGCGGCAGAAUGGCCAUCGAAAUCCGAGUGUCUCGACCUCGGAGGCAUCCUCUACCCCCGGAACCUUCUUUUCACAGUCGGCGCCCGCCCAGUUCCAUCCCCUCUUCUCUGCUGCCCAACCUCCGAUGGGGACCCUAGCCGAGAGUCUUCCUUUUGGAAGCCAGCAAUCACCCGUAUCGCCAUCUUUUCAGACCUCAGGCACUCCGCAAAUAAGCGGCAUGACGGUGCCCCAAGUGUCGAGUCCCAUGGCAAACUUUGGGGCUCUACCGUUCGAUCCGAGUGACCCCAACAUUUUCAACUUCAACUUGGAGGGGCUCAACUUUGGCAGUCAGUAUGGCGCCUUGGAAUUCGGCAUGCUCGGGCACAUGUCUUCAGGGGCUGCCGAGACGCCGCCGCAGGACACCGCAAUACCGCGGUCCGCGAGCGGGAGCCUCAACUUUGGGCCCGGCGUGUUCGGGAAUGGGGUCAACCAGUAUGAAAAGGUGUACGAGGGCAACAUUCUGGACAGCUUCCUCGGCCUCGACGCGAAUUCCAAUGCACUGUAUUCACAGGGCAACCUGCAGCAUGGUCUACCGCACGCCUACGCGAUUGCGGCAGGCUCCAACAGCGUCCAGAGCCCUAGUACUGACAAUAACAGUCCGCAACCGACCACUCUUGGCUUCGAUGGCUCUCCUACCAUGGCUACGUUCUCGUCAACGCCCGGGAGUAAGCCGACAAACCAGCAACGUCCAACCACUAGGCAGUCGAAUGCGUUGGCAAAACUAGGGACGCAGUCGAUCCUGGGGAAACGACAGCGGGACCCCUCUCACAUCUACGAUACGGUCAAAGAGCCGUUCGGCUACGUUGCGAGUUUUCACAAACUCUUCAAUCUCAUCCAAAGCAGGUUUGCGCCAGCACAUACGUCGCGCAUUGCGAAGUCACUGGCCAGCAUUCGGCCGUCGCUGCUUGCCUCCACGAGGAACCUCACGAGGCAGGAUCUGGUCUUCAUGGAAAAAUACUUCCAGCGGUCGCUCUUUGAAUACGAAGAAUUCAUGCAUCAAUGUUCCAGCCCCACCCUCGCGUGCAGACGGACUGGAGAAGUGGCAAGCGUCAACAAGGAGUUCACAGCCCUCACCGGAUGGACGAAGGACGUACUCCUCGGCAAGCAGCCGAACUGCAACGUCAACCUCGGCGGCUCUGCCUCGGCUAGCUCCAGCACCAAGGGGCGAGUCGGUCUUACCACCCCACGUCUCAAGACGCUAAACAUGGACGCCGUGGGGUCGUCAGACAGCCCGCAGCCGGUGUUCCUCGCCGAGCUGAUGGACCACGACAGCGUUGUUGAGUUCUACGAGGACUAUUCCCAGCUCGCCUUCAACGACAGCCGCGGCCACAAGACGCGAAAGUGCCGGCUUCUCAAGUACCGGGUACCAGAUAAAGAGGAUAGCGGAGGCGAGGGCCUCGCGCCCGAUCAGACGCCGCAGAGGGAUCCUCGAAACAGUAUCCUGAGCAACCGUGUGGCCAAGAUUGACGGCGAGCAUGGCAUCUCGAAGCUGGAGCGCGACGGCAAGCUCGAGUGCAGCUACACGUGGACCAUCAAGCGCGAUAUGUUUGAUAUGCCCAUGCUGUUUAUCAUUAAUGUGAGCACGAUGUCAUUUCGUUGCUGGCCAUCGUGGUGAGGGAUUCAAGAAGAUGGACUGACAAAUCUUGCAGUUCCUACCAUGUUAUUACCGCAACCACAACCAAUUGGCCGUUUGACGGGAGUAUGUGCAGACAUUUGGGACGGGAAAUAAAAGGAAGCGGAAAACGGGGCAUUGACGGUGUUGUCAGGUACGGUUUGGAUUCGGAUACCUUGGUAUAUG